AUGGUGCCCAGCCCACGUCCUGCCUUCCUCCUCCUCCUCUUCCUCCUGCAGGCAUUUCUCCUCUGGGAUAAGCCAGUUGCAGCAUCCAUUCAAGAGCAGUACUGUGAGAGCUUGCAGCCUGUCAACAACCACACUGGACCCCAGUGCAAUGCCUCUGUAGACCUGAUUGGUACAUGUUGGCCAAGGAGUGCAGUGGGGCAGUUGGUAGCUCGUCCCUGCCCAGAGUAUUUCUAUGGUGUGCGGUACAACACCACGAAUAAUGGCUACAGGGAAUGCCUUGCCAAUGGGAGCUGGGCAGCACGAGUCAACUACUCCCAGUGCCAGGAGAUCCUCAGCCAAGAGAAGAGGAGCAAGCUGCACUACCACAUUGCUGUCAUCAUCAACUACCUGGGCCACUGUGUCUCCUUGGGAGCCCUGCUGGUGGCUUUUGUCCUCUUCAUGCGUCUCAGGAGCAUCAGGUGCCUGAGGAACAUCAUCCACUGGAACUUGAUCACAGCCUUCAUCCUUCGCAAUGCCACGUGGUUUGUGGUGCAGCUCACCAUGAACCCAGAGGUGCACGAGAGCAACGUGGUGUGGUGUCGUUUGGUGACUGCUGCCUACAACUACUUCCAUGUCACCAACUUCUUCUGGAUGUUUGGGGAAGGCUGUUACCUGCACACAGCCAUUGUCCUCACCUACUCCACUGACAAGCUACGCAAGUGGAUGUUCAUCUGCAUUGGUUGGUGUAUCCCCUUUCCCAUCAUCGUGGCCUGGGCCAUGGGGAAGCUCUACUAUGACAACGAGAAGUGCUGGUUUGGGAAGAGAGCAGGAGUUUAUACUGACUACAUAUACCAAGGCCCCAUGAUCCUGGUGCUACUGAUCAACUUCAUCUUUCUGUUCAACAUUGUCAGGAUCCUCAUGACCAAGCUUCGAGCUUCAACCACCUCAGAGACCAUCCAGUAUAGGAAAGCAGUCAAGGCCACUUUGGUGCUGCUGCCCUUGCUGGGAAUCACCUACAUGCUGUUCUUUGUCAACCCAGGGGAGGAUGAGAUCUCCAGGAUUGUCUUCAUCUACUUCAACUCCUUUCUGGAGUCCUUCCAGGGCUUCUUUGUCUCUGUCUUCUACUGUUUCCUCAACAGUGAGGUCCGUUCAGCAGUGAGGAAGCGCUGGCACCGCUGGCAGGACAAACACUCCCUCCGUGCCAGGGUGGCACGAGCCAUGUCCAUCCCAACCUCCCCAACUCGUGUCAGCUUCCACAGCAUCAAGCAAUCCACAGCAGUGUGA